GCCUUGUGCAGUGACUCUGCAGGCUGCAUCCCUAUCACCGCUGAGGAGGUUCACACUCAUUCACAAUCAGUCAAGCAGAGCCGACAGACAUGGCAGGGGGGCUGGCAGGGUAGGUGUGGUAAGAGGGGGGCAGCUGAACCGGACCGGAGAGGAAGCCUCGCAGCAUCAUCACCAUCAUCAUCAGCAGCUCUGUUCCGUGACUGAAGACGCGCGGCUCCUCGUCCACUCAGCGCUCACACGUUGAUGAAAACGAUGCACCUCCACCGCCUCCCCGCUCAGCCGCUGACCAGGUGUUGGAGCACGGAGCCGGGACGCUACUGCUGCUAACGUGACGGAGGGUGAACCCGUGUCUGCGCUGCACUUGUGUCUGGUCCAGUUCGCAGACGAUCGAAAAGAUGCUGAGCAGGCUGAUGAGCAGCAGCAUCAGGAGUCUGGACAGGGAAUGCAACUGUACCGUGAGACUGCUGGACGACUCGGAGUACACCUGCACGAUUCAGCGUGAUGCCAAAGGACAGUAUCUCUUUGACCUCAUUUGCCAUCACCUCAACCUGCUGGAGAAAGAUUACUUUGGGAUUAGAUAUGUUGAUCCAGACAAGCAAAGGCACUGGUUGGAGUUUACAAAAUCAAUUGCCAAACAGAUGAAAUCCCAGCCUCCGUUCACUAUGUGUUUGCGUGUCAAGUUUUACCCACCAGACCCUGCUGCUCUGAGAGAAGAAAUCACAAGAUAUCUUGUGUUCCUGCAGGUCAAGAGAGACCUUUACCACGGUCGCCUCCUGUGCAAGACGUCAGAUGCAGCUCUGCUGGCUGCCUACAUCUUACAAGCGGAAAUUGGUGACUAUGACCCUGGAAAACAUCCUGAGGGCUACAGCUCCAAAUUCCAGUUCUUCCCCAAGCACUCGGAGAAGCUGGAGCGCCGGAUUGCAGAGAUCCACAAGACCGAGCUGAUUGGUCAAAGUCCAGAAACAUCAGAGCUCAACUUCCUCCAGAAAGCCCAGAUGCUGGAGACAUACGGAGUGGAUCCUCAUCCAUGCAAGGAUGUGUCUGGGAAUCCAGCUUUUUUGGCUUUCACGCCUUUUGGAUUCACUGUGCUCCAGGGAAACAGAAGAGUCCAUUUCCUCACAUGGGAGGAGGUGACCAAACUCAAGUUUGAAGCAAAGACAUUCCACAUAUAUGCAAACCAGAAGGAGGACAGGAAGAUCAUCCUGACCUACUUUGCUCCAACACCAGAGGCCUGUAAGCAUUUGUGGAAGUGUGGAGUUGAGAAUCAGGCCUUUUAUAAGCUGGAGAAGUCAAGUCAGGUCCGCACCGUGUCUAGUAGUAAUCUCUUCUUUAAGGGUAGUCGCUUUAGAUACAGUGGAAAGGUUGCAAAAGAAGUGAUGGAACAAAGUGCCAAAAUUAAGAGAGACCCUCCAGAGAUACACAGGGCUGGCAUGGUACCAAGUAGGAGUUGUCCAUCUAUUACCCAUGGUCCCCGUUUGACCAGUGUGCCACGGACACGACGGAGAGCUGUGCACAUCUCUAUCAUGGAGGGUCUGGAGUCACUUCGAGACAGUGCCCACUCCACGCCUGUUCGCUCCGUCUCCCAUGGCGACUCAAUAAUGGCUUCCCGGGGCCACAUGGCGGACGGGGGCGAAGCCAGCACCUCGGCGGUGAUCUCUGAUGAGGCUUACAGCCCCUCAGACAGCGUCCUGCCUACGCCCGUGGCAGAGCAUGGAGCAGACAUGCCUUUGGCUCGACACCUGAACGGAGCACCUUGUAGCAUCGACGAGGAGAAGGAGUCGGAGGAGAGGGCUUCAAAGGAGAGGCAGGCGGCAGAGUUUGGCCCCAGCAAACGAUCCCUGGGGAUGGUCAAGAGCAGACAGUCGCCGGAUGUAGAGGAGCUGAACAAGUUCAUCUUAAGCGUGUUGCGUCUGUUCCUGGUAACCAUCGGACUACUGUUUACCCUGCUGCUGCUGCUCAUCAUGUUAACUGAGUCAGACUUGGACAUUGCUUUCCUGAGAGACAUUCGGAAGACGCCCGAGUUCCAGCAGUUCCACUUUGAAUACUUCUGCCCUCUGCGGCGCUGGUUCGCCUGUAAAUUACGGUGGAUGGGAAGCUUAGUUGUCAGCAAGUGAGAUGGAGAGAGAGGAGACUGACAUCGCAGAUAGGUCGGGGAGCAAACGGGACGUCUUCAGUAAUAUCAGCUGGGCUUGGAAUAAGCUGCCACCAUCCUGACUUUAAAGAAAACAAAUCAUAUUUUAGUUGAAGAAUCAUAUCAAGGUAUUUAUUUUUUACAGCAACAUGGUUUUCAUUAAAAAUAUAAGUCAUACUUUUAUUAGUUUAAGCAAAGAUUAGAAUUAACUUUAUUUUUCUAUUCAGUUCUACGUUGUUUAGAUAUUUUUGCAAGAUGAGAGUUUAGGAAAAGUAACAGAGCGAGCAGAAAAGCUUAUUAAAUUAAAGCAAACUGUUAUGAAUUUAAGAAAUAUUUGUGGGUUUUGUUGGAAAAUGAAGCAGUGUGUGGAGCGGAAAUAAGAAACAAUAAGAUCUAAAGGGAAAAAAAAAUCACAUUUCUCCUGGGGCCUCAUUUAUAAAAGUCUUUACACACAAAAUGUUGUUAAAAGCAGGUAGAAACAUGCAAAACUUCAUGCAGUUGUCACUAUUUCCAUCCAUGUAUCCUGCUUUGUUUGUGCAGAGACGGGAUGCAGCCUUUAGCUACUGUAGGGCAAAGGCAAGGUUCACCUAUCCUUUGCCCUACAGUCCUACAUUACAAGGCCACACAGACAUAUUCACUCCAAAAGAACAAUUUACAGUCACCAAUCAACAAUUAAAAACAAACCUUUAGACUGUGACAAUAAGUCAGUGGCCAAAAAAAUCCCUACAUGCACAAAACUUCUAAACUAAAGAACCCAGACAGGAUUGAACUGUCUCCUCGCUGUGAAGCAACAGAGCUCAGCAUCACACCAGGGGUCUCCAACCUGAGCCUCUGGGCCAAAUGUUUUAUCCCUCCAUUGUAGUUUUUUGACUAUGUAGAAAAAAUGCAAAUGCUUUAAAAAUUUUAGCUAGUAGGUUAUUUGGCAUAGGAUGUAUUUUAUUUUGAAAGGAACUUGUAAGGGCUGCUGUCUAAAGCAAAAUAAAUCAAAAUUGCAAUACAUAAAAAUGGUAUAAUCCAAUUAUUGUAAAUGUUUAAAAGCUGCAUUUUAUAAAAAGUUAUUUUAUAAUGAAGUGUGACUUGACAUUAGAAAGUAUAAAGUCUUUAAAAAAGCUCAUUUCAGAACAUUUUGAAAGUAUUGUAAAGGUCUGUUUUUUUAUUAUUUUUAUUAUUAUUUAUUUAAUCUUUAUUUAACCAGAUGAAACCCAUUAAGAUCAGGAUCCUUUUUUCAAUGGUGAACUGACCAAAAGGUUGGUAGCACACAUCAUAUAAAUAAGGUUGCAGUAUAAGACAAAUAUCAAACAAAAGGAUGAGUUUAGGAUAUUUACAAUUUAAAGAAAUUGCGAUUGAUGUGCAACAAAGUGACAGUGAUAUUUAAGAAGAAAUAUAAGUAAACACCUAUUUGGUGAGUGCAAAAGAUUUUGUGCAGAAUGACAAUAUACACACACACACAUACGUAUAUAUAUAUAUAUAUAUAUAUAUAUAUAUAUAUAUAUAUAUAUAUAUAUAUACGUAUAUAUAUAUCAAUUUUGUUUUUUCUGCAUUUCUACCAUUUUUAGUGAUCUGAGACGAGAGUGAACAACAUUAAAAACAUACUGUAAACUCAAAAAGCUUGAGUGACUGACCAAGAGCAGCAAUAAAAGACAGAGUCGUCAGCAGAAAACUGAUAUGAUGCAUUUGGCAAGAUUUGACAUAAGUUGAGAACAGAAUGGGACCUAGAAGAAGAAGAAGAAGAAGAAUCUUUAUUUCUAUAGCACUUAUCACAGAACGGAUCACAAAGUGCUUAACAUAAGAACAUAAAAUCAGAAGACACAGGGAAAUAAAACCAAUAAUCAGUAAUAAAACAACUAAAACACAGUAAAAUACAGUAAAACAUAAUAAAACAAGGGCUAAGAUCAACUAAAAGCUCUCCUGAAUCUCCUGAAACCUAGAACCGAGCCCUGUGGUACACCUUUCUUGAUCUCACGAGCAAGAGAAACGAUACUGGAUAUUUAAAUAGACAGAGCCAAAAAAAAACAUAUUUGUUAAAUGAUUAAUUCAUUUUUGUCAUCUCUGCGACACAGAUAAGAUUAACAUGAGUGAAAGGAAAGACAUUUUUUAAUAAAUCUCUUACAAUCCAAUAUAUCACAUUGCAGUCAAUGAUGGGGAGAGGCUCACAGCUUUAAAACUGAAAGAGUGAUGAUAGUGUAAAACUGGCAGCAAAGAACAGCUAUGAAUGUAUGAAAACACACAGACUUUAGGAUUGUUUCGUAAUUGUGUCAUAAAGCAAAAGUAUGCAGCAAUAAUUAUUAAAAUAUCAUAUUUCUGGGGUUAAACAUCAUUUAUGAAAGCUCAAAUGUAUUGUGAAUUAUGAUCCAAUCAAGAGGAGAAUAUCAGAUCAGAAUAAUAAACUCACAUCUCUGUUGACAUUUCCAUCCUGUUUCCUGAUUGGCCACCCUGUUUCUCGUGAAUGUUUCACAUGGACCUUCAAUGGAUACAUGAGAAAAACCACUUCAUUUAUGCAAAAAUGGAGAAGGACCAUAGCGUAAAACCACAUCUUCCUAAAUCUAAACAUUUUCAGAUUUAUAAGUGAGGCCCCAGAUCUAAAAACCCAUUUCAAAAAUGUGCUUGAAGAUUCGUAAGUUUUGUUUGUGGUCCGAUCUGUGUUAAAUGUUCUCACGUUGUUGUCCAAACGCUGAAGUUAUAAAGCUGACGAUAAGUUACGCCUUUAGGGACAUAGGUAGCAUUACAUUAGUGACGGAAUAAAACACUAAAAUAGGAGCCAAAAAUUUGUAGUUACUACAAUCAGUGUGUGUGUGUGUGUGUGUGUGUGAGGACAAGUAACUUUUCUGUGCUUUUACAGUAGAUGUAAAGGUGAAAGGACAGUAAGUAAAUGUUUGACUCAUUCUUUAAAUCUCUAGUGGGGUUAAAUCUAUUGUCCUUUGUAACAUUUUGGCAGUAUUUUCCCACAUUUUAUGCUGCUUUCCCAACUUUUUCGAGCAUUUUAUUUUAUUCCAAGUCCAGUUUUGUCUUUUGCAUCUGCUUGGCUUAGUUGUGUCUGAAUUUUCUGUAUUUAUUUCUCAAAUUCGAUAAAAAUAAAAAUGCCCAAAUUACUGUCCUGAUGAAAUAGAUGUUUCCUUGCAGUGACUUUAACCUAUUUGUAGUAUUUUUCUGUGGUUUUAUAAAGCCUAAGACAAAUCGUGUUUACAUCCUGUUAAACCAUAUUUACCAAAGAAACCUCUGUUGUUCCAUCCAGUCUGUUUGUGGCCAAAAGGGGGGUAAGCUUUUUUACUUGUGGUCUGCUUUUCGUUAGGCUCGUUACCUUUAGUUUACUGUUUCUGUGUUUAAUUUGGAAAUCAUAUCUUGAAAGUUUCCCAGCAUCUUCUUGACCUGUCUUUAUUUAAAAAUGUCCCUUCAGGGUGUCGGUACAUUUAAAUUCCCACACGGCUGCUCAUCAGGUAGUAAUGCUUUACUCAGACAUGUAAUUUAUCUGAAUGCUUAGAUGAAUGAUUGGCAGGAGGAGAUGUGCAGCUUUCGAGGUCUACUAAACAAAACUUAACACAUCAAUAUGUAUCUUAUUAUUUUAGUUUUCAAUCAAAACUUUGACCAUUUUCCUAACAGCUUUUUUUAAGCCUUACUGAAAAUUUUACACAUUAAAUAAGUUUGAUCAAAUAUGAUUCUAGAAAUGUUUGUCCUAAAAAAUAAAAAUAGUGACAGAAGAUGCUGUAGAGAACAAUCUGUAAACAUGUUUGUCUCCAUCAAAAGACAGGAUAAUAUAUUGGAUCUUUUGGAUAGAAAAGCAUUGUAGCUCUCAUUCCCAAUGAAAUGACUUUAUACGCCACAUUCUUUUAAGAUCUGCUUUAUGGAAAUGCAUUAGUUUCUGGGUGCAUAAAUGUGUAAAAGAUUUAAACACCUUUAAACCUCUGUUAUGAAUGUGAACCUGUGCAGUUAAGCCGAAAACAUGCAUUAUUACUGGGAUUGGAUCUCAAUUUUUGGAGUCAGCUCUUAUUUUUAAUCUUUUUAUCAGUACUAUUGAAGAAUUUUGACAGCUCCACUCAAGCAGUACUUUCUUGCUUUGUUCAUUUUACCAAAUCACAGAUGUUCUAACCAUAAACGUCCUUCCUGUACGAAGGCCCGGCACAUGACAAUGUCUCUGUACGCAUGUUUCUUGCAUUUAUUACCUCCAAACAAGGCUGCUUAUUUGCAAUUGUUGACUAAACACUGGUGUAAGCUAUAAAUAAACAUUAUUUAUUCUUUA